GGGGGGCGCGUACUUCUGCCGGCUCCAUAAAAGGCUGGCAUUUUCGUGGAGCUUCGCAGCAGCACAAACGCCUGCCUGAUCCAGAUGAAAGGGCUCUGGUGACCAGUCCUCUCCUUUCUCAAUUCGCUUUGGAGCGGACCACCGCCACCACUGAAGAAAAGGCGACGAGGCGGGGACUGCACUACUUAAACCGGCGACUGCGUCGGCGGCAACACACGCCGGCGCUCCUCUCAUUCUUUUUCCUGCUCGUGUUUCCCGCACCGACGAGCGUCGAAAGAAAAGAGAAGUUCAGCCCGGACAGCGCAUCAGCGGCGACUUCGCCGCGCGUAGGCGGCUAGGACGACCGGUCGUCGGGGCAUGCCGACGACUCGAAGCUCGCCGCCGGCCGCGCUGACGACGACGCCUUCUGUGCCGACGCUCGGGGACGCCGGAAACAAAAGAGCGCGCUGGGAGCGACGCGACCGGAACUAAUCCGUCGCCCGGCCGCCGGAGUCGAACGAGGCCUGCGAGGACGCGACGACGAAUAAGCACCCCUCCUGCCGCUGCGAGGGCCGUCGCCCAUGAAUCCUGCUCCUCCAUGGCAGACACAAUGGCUCGACCUUUAGAAGAUGACUGCUUCCGGAGAAGAUCGGUCGAAGAGGAUGUCGCCAAGUCCAGCGACCUGUUCGAGCUGCUCAACAAGCUGCAGAACAGCCGGCUCGACGACCAGCGCUGCGAGCUGCCCCGGGGCGAGCCGUCGCAGGCACGCCGCAACAAUGCGGCGCCCGUCAGCAAGGCCGAGAGGCAGACUCAAGACCAAGAAAAGUUAGAGGAGAUUCUCCGUAAACAAGGCGGCUACCCGAUGGUGGUGCUCCCGGUGGCCGGCGGUUACUGGGUGGAUGGCGUGGACUGCGCCUCCCCCUCGGACGUCUUCGACAGCGUCUUCGUGCCGGGACACUUCACGCCGGCCAAGAUCAACAACCGGGAGAUAGCCACCACCUACCGCAGGCAUUUCCUCGGCAAGGAGCACCUCAACUAUAUCGGACGAGAUGAAGGUUCGAAUCCCUUCGUUCUGUCGCUCAAGUUGGAAACGAUGGAAGAGGCGAACGAUCACUACAGGGUCAUACUUAGAACAAAAGAAGGCAUCAUUAGCGAACUGGUACCGAAUGAUCCAAAGAACGAUCUCUGGACGGCAGCUCGUCUUGUAAAGUCCUUACGUGACAACAUCAACAAUGUGGUGCUCCAACCAGUGUUUUUUCCAAAGGCUUCCGAACUCCUGAUGGCAUUCGACGAACAAGUUCUAGUCCACGAGUACAAAUUUGGAGUCGUUUAUCAACGGGCCGGCCAGAUAAGGGAGGAAGAGCUGUUCGGAAACCGCCACCACAGUGCUGCAAUGGAAGAGUUCCUAAGCAUGCUGGCCGACAAAGUCACGCUCAAGGACUUCUCCGGGUUCCGCGGGGGCCUGGACACGCAGCACGGCCAGACGGGCCAGGAGUCCUUCUACACGUCUUUCAACGGCUGCGAGAUCAUGUUCCACGUCUCCACACUGCUACCGUUCACCGAGGGAGACGUGCAGCAGCUUCAACGCAAGCGGCACAUUGGCAACGACAUUGUGGCCAUCGUGUUCCAAGAGGACAACACGCCGUUCAUGCCGACCAUGAUUGCUUCGCACUUCCUGCAUUCCUUCAUUGUGGUCCAGCCCAUCAGGACGGGACGCCUGCACCUCGGAAGGCAGAGGUACCGAGUGGCAGUGACGGCUCGACUGGACGUUCCCUUCUUCGAGCCCAAGCUGCCGGUGCCGGCCGAGUUCGAGGCUGGACCCGAAUUCCGCGAGUUCCUGCUCCAGAAGCUCAUAAACGCCGAGAACGCGUCGUACCGGGCCGAGCAGUUUGCGCGGCUAGAGGCGCGGACCCGGUCGUCGCUGCUGCAGACCCUCCACGACCAGCUGCUCUGCAAGACGCAGGAAUUUUCCGGCAGCGCCAGCUUCUUGACCGGUGACGAGCUCGACGAUGGCGCGGCCACCAACGGUGGCCCCGUGGCCGUGGCCAGCGGCGCGAGCUUUCUGGAUGGCUUUUUCCGCAAGGCGCUCAGCGUCAAGAUACGCAGUCAAUCCGUUGAGUCCAACCUGGCCAAGCGAUCGUCAUCCAGCGCCAGCAGCAGCAGUCUCACCAACACCGUCAUCGGGGAGAACACGCCGCUUGCCACUGGGACGCCUAAAGCCCAGAGUUCCAAGAGCGUCAACCAAGGAUCGCCAUCACAAAGCAGCGCGCGGCGGCUGGACUUCCCCACGGUCACCUCGCUGUUGGGCAUGAGCCGGCGUCGUCCCAACAGUAGUCCCACCACUCCUGUGUCCAGUCCCGAGACGCCUCCCUCGUUGGCCAAAUCCCAGCUGGGCUCUCAGCAGCCGGGCUCUCAGCACCAUCAGCCAGGCUGCGCCGAGUCCGACACCUCUAGUCUGAACAGCGUCGAGUCCGACCUGGGGCUCAGCGGCAGCACGGUGAUGCCGCCGCCGGAGAUCCCGUCCCGCAACUCCCGCUCCCUGCUCAUACAGGCCACGGCGGCGUCGGCGGCCAGCGGAGGUGGAUCGCACGCGGAUGGUGCCGAUAUGUUCCAAGGCUUUCAGGAGCAGAUCGAGAGCCUGGCACAAGAACUAGCGCGUAUGAAGAGGGAAAAGUUUGACUGGCUCAAGGAUAAAGCAAUCAUGCAGGCCGAAAUGCAGAAGUUGACCGACAAGGAAGUGCGUCUCACGACGGACCUUUCGCUCGCCAAGCGCGAGGUGGCGCGACUGUCGAAGCUCGUCUGAUAUCCCCGCAACAAACUGUGCGUCGUCGACGCGACGACACACCACUGCUAGUCAACUCUCUCUACUUCGCCGCGAACGCUUCUUUCUUUUUUUUGUUUUUUUUCCCCCACUGGCUGUUGCGGAAUGGAAGGGGAGUGUGCUGGCUCAAGCACGUAUGCCAAAAAGUGAAGAAAAGACAAAACGGUUUGAUCGACACAUCCGGUAUCAUCGCCUGUACACAACUAUACCCGCUGCUGCUGCUGCCCACCGUUUUCGACGUGUUCUAUGCCAGAGACUAACGCCCUCUCCUUUUUGCUCGACACCUCUCAUCAUCUCCGCCUG